AUGGAGGAAGGCAGAUUCCACUGCAAGGUCUUACAGGCCGUUGUCGUAGAAAUUCUCUCGCAGGUGGGAUUCGAGCGGGCAAGCAGGCAGGCCCUGCAGGUGAUCGUAGACCUCACCCUCAGCGAAGUUGCAAAGAGACUCCGCCCGUUGAAGGACGCCCUUUCAGAGACGCAGCCAGAGCCCACAGAAAAAGAAAAAGAAGCAGACCCGUGGGAGUCGAACCUGCAGCAAACCCUCCUGAAAAUCAUCACUGAAGAGUCUGCAGGCCCAGAGCACUCCUACAGAAGGGAAGAAUUGCUCUCAUUCCUGCAGUACCAAAUAAACAUCACAAAACAGCUAAAAAAAGACGGACCCGCACGGGAAGAGUCCCUCCUUGAGAUCCUGCGCGCGGGAGAUGCAAAAUUUUCAGGAAAGGAAAAGAAAAAAGAGCAGCAAAAUAUGGUCGACUUCACGGGGGAGGAGGAAGGCGAGAAAAAGGCCCCCGAAGAGAAAAAGUAUCUUGACGUAGACGUGCAGGAGCACCUCCAAGAAAGAGCUAAAAUAAAGAGCGAAAAAAUUUGCAGAGAAAAUAAAAUAAAAAAAAUAAAGCAGAUCAUCGCCCGGGAGAGUGCGGGGGAAAGCGAAGGCCUCGUGCACGUGAAUUCGGAGAGAAGCGAGUUCCUGAUACGGGGAAAUAUGCGGGACUACGAGCACAUGCUAAAUAGAAAGCGCCUGACAGCGCAACAUUGCACGCCUUGUGAGACACUUGGGGAAAUUCCCUUUUUGCAGGAUAUUCUCUCCCUCAGCGUGAUCCGGAGAGUCUCCCGGAGAAGGUUCCCCGCGGAGGACAGCGCAGAAAUUUUAUAA